UAUGCCCGCGCACGAGCGAGCAACGGAUUUGCGGUGUAUGGAUUUUCCAGCCGUGAAUCAUGAGCACAAUUGUUUUAUUGUUUUAGCCUGCUUUGAUGGAUUAUUUAUUGGGUGCCUGUUUAUUUGUAAGUAUUCUCUUUAGCUGCACCAGAUACCUCUGCUCUAUCCAUCUAUAUUACCAAACCACACCAGCGUAAAUCCAGAAGAAAAUGAACUUUGGCACUUUGUUAUCUCAAGUCAAGAAUAAUGGCAAGGUCUCAUCUUCGUCUUCCUCCUCAAGUUCAGCCUUGAAAUCAAAUGCUGCUAAAAACCUACCUUCUUUCACACAAGUCAACAACCAAAGUGCUUCAAAAUCAAACUAUGAUAGCAGACUCAGCUACUCUACUAAUAUUGACCCUUCGGUUGCACGACUAAAAGCUGCUAGAAGAUCUGAAAGGGAAAAGGAAGAGAGUGUCAGGAAGAAAAGCACUGCUAGCUUGUCUGCAAAGAAAGCUUCAACUAAAAAUUCUUCCAGAAAACCUGCCACCUCUAAUGCCAACACUAGCAGCAAUAAAAUUUACAAGAGCACCUCAUUUGGAAGAACUAAGACAUCUGCUAAUGACUUCAAAGACCAACCCUUGAGACCUGCAGUAGUCAGAAAAAAAAUAAAAUUCAGUGAUUUGAUGAAAACCGCUGAAAAAAUCGAUGCCUCCAAGCUUUCAAUAACUCCAUCUUUUAAAAAGAAAACUCCCAAUAAUCCAAGAACUCCUUCCAAACCUUCACCACCAGCAAAUGCUGCUCAACCACUAAAGAAAAAACCCAUUACUCUGAGUCCUAAAGCAAGAUCUCCAAUCCCCACCAAUAAUAAUAAUAAUAAUAAUAAUAAUAAUAAUAAUAAUAAUAAUAAUAAUAAUAAUAAUAAUAAUAAUAAUAAUAAUAAUAACAAUAAUAACAAUAAUAAUAAUAAUAAUAAUUCUCGUUUACCAAAUAAUGCCAAAUCUAAAAGCUUGCCCCCACCAUCUUCGAAUGAUCGUCAUUCUAAUAACCGCAACCAUAGCCAUAACAACAACAUGAAUAAUAGAUCUGUUCACCCAGCAAAAAAACCAAACGAACCUAUUCCCUUUACUGGCCCAUCCAAAGAAGUCCAAAAACAACUAGCAGCAAUCAGAAAGAGAAAACUACAGAAAAAGAGAUUUGGCUCCGAUUUUAGAGAAGCAAAUGAAGAAGAUGACGAUUUCAUUGUCUCUGAUUCUGAAGACGUUGGCGGAGACUAUGGAGGCGCUCCAGUCAAAAGAAAACACUCUUCUGGCCUAUCUGGCUCAUCUGCUUAUAGAAAUAGCCAAAGAUCUUCAAAACCACUGGCCCCAACAAAGAAAAGAAGAUAUUCUGAUGAUGAUCGUUACAGCUCUCGUCCAAGUCGUGGCAAUUCUCGUCACAGAGACUAUGACGAUUAUGAUGACUAUGACGAUGAUGAUGGCUUUGUGGAAAACGACGAUCCUGGUUAUGACAGAGACGAAAUUUGGAACAUCUUUCAUGGCCACAAACCAAGAAAUCAAUAUUAUGAUUUUGACGAUGAUCUAUCAGAUAUGGAAGCUACUGGUAACGAUGUUUUUGCCGAAGAAGCUUAUUCUUCCAAACAAGCAAGGGAAGAAGAACUAAGAGAAAAACUAAGAGAAAAGAAAAGAAUUCAAGCAAAAAAAGCAAAACUUCAAAACAUUAAAAAAUAAAACCAACAAGAUAAUUUAUUCUCUAUAAUCAUAAUUAUCAUUAAAAACAAAUAAAAGAUUUUGAAAUAUUAGUUUUACAAAAACUUUUUUGAAAGAAUAUUACAUUUCAACUCUUAUAGCUCAAAACAAAGAAAAAAAAGAAAAAAAAAAACAUUUAUCUGCAAU